AUGUUCGCUAUCAUCGUACUAUAUUUUGGUCUUUUGAAUCCCGUUCAAGAUUUGCUAGCUAAAGAAAAUCAAGAAGAUAACGAUUGGUCUAUGAUUAUGGAAGUUGAAGUUGAAGAUCCCACCUACAAUUCUUCAUCUGAUAAGACUGACGAAAAAAACAUCAUUAUAAAUGGUAAGAAGAACCAACAUUUCCUGCAGAAGAACAAUGAAACAGUAACAGAACAUGGUACUUCUCAGCAUUCCAUACUCAUACCUGGUGCAACAAUAUGUGGAUCGUUUUUGUGCUAUAACCAGGGACAAUGCUAUACUAACUUACAUUCGCCUUCUUCAAAAUGCUUAUGUCCACUUGGAUAUUCAGGUGAUUUCUGUGAUAAAGUGGAUGAAGGAUACCAGUUUCCGUAUAUCGAGCAAGGUGGUUAUCUAAAAUUUUAUUUUAAAUCGUCUGCGUUAUACAGUGGUAUCAAUCAAAGUUUUAUCGAAAGAAGUAAUCAAGUGUCAAUGAAUAGUACUAAUACCUAUAAAGUGGACUUUGAAAUACGACCAAGCCUUACUGAUGGAAAUUAUUUAUUAGUAUCCCACGAGUCAAAUAAGGGAGAUUUUAAGUUUUCACUCAGUAUUGAAAAUGGAUACGUAGUAUACAGAUCUCUGCGAAUUUCGAAAACAAAUUAUGAACCCUAUCGUAAAGAGGAAAUCCAGGAAGUUAAGCAUUUUACAUUCCUUAACAGUGAACAAUGGUAUUAUAUCUCCUUUGGGGAGACAGCUGAUGGAAAAGGUUUCCUGAGUGUUGAUGGAAUUAAAGAAGAUGCUGUCAUUCCAUGGUCGGAUGUUAUACAUUAUGAAAAAUAUCUGAAAAAUGUCAAUGAUAUGGAGUUCAGUUAUGUCUCAUUUGGUGGACAUCCUGAAUUAACUAAAACAGGAGGUCCGAUUCAUUUUCUUGGUUAUAUUUUUGAGAAAAGUUAUAGUGGCUGCAUACAAAAUAUACGGAUUAAUGAAGUUCCUAUAGAUCCUAGACGUAAGGCUUUCUUAGGAGAUGCUGUGGAUGGGUAUGGGAUUACUAAUUGUGGUUUUGGUUUAUGCGAAAAGAAAAAAUGCAAAAAUAAUGCCUCGUGUUUGCAAACAUCUGGUUCCAGUGUUAUUUGUCAAUGCCCUUUGGGAACUUCGGGUCGACAAUGUGAACAAAGAGUUGAGCUAAUAAUGCCGUUCUACAACGGAUAUUCGUACACCGAGUAUAUCGGAUUGAGUGGAACAUCAUCAUCAUUCACCACCUUGGAACUUCAGUUUAGACCAUCACAACCAAACGGGCUGAUUUUAUAUGAAGGUUAUAGUCAUGAUAGGCGUGGGGACUUCUUGGCUAUUAUGUUAGUUCAUGGAUAUGUUGUAGUGGCGUUUGACUUAGGUUCCGGUUCAGCGUUUUUAAAGAAUGAGAAAGAAAUAAAAUUAAAUGAAUGGCACAUAGUCCAUUUUUGGAGAAUUGGUCGUGAUGGUUAUCUCCAAGUCGACUCAGAUGAGCAUAUUAUGACAAAUUACUCAUUCGGUUUACAAGUUCAGCUAACGUUAACUUACUCUUUGUAUCUUGGUGGACAUCCAAAUGCUAAUUUUAUAUCAACCCAUAUAAAACCAUUUAUUGGAUAUGCAACAAAUUUGAGUAUUGGAUUUCAAGGAUGCAUCAGUAAAAUUGAAACAAACGGAGUACUUAUUGAUCCUAUUAGGGAUGCGAUAGGUGGCGUGAAUAUUUUAAAUUGUCCUGGACAAGAAUGUGGAUUUCCAAAUCCUGUAUGUUUAAACAACGGGAAAUGUUUACAGGACUUAAAAGGUUUUACAUGUUUAUGUCCACUUGGAUUUCAGGGGAAGAAUUGUAAAGAAAAAAUUAAUUGGCAAGGGAAGCAAUUAGCUGCAUUUGGAGAAAACAGUUUCGUGAAAUUCACAACGAACUCAUUAAAUUAUAGACCCAAUAGUCGUCACUAUCAUAUAUCGCUUGAAUUUCGGCUAUCCAACAAAAGUUUGGGAAAUGGCAUUACUUCUAUGAAAAAUCAUCCGUCAACAAGUAAUGCAUCAGUUAAGUUGUUCAAACAAUAUUUGGUCUAUGGUGUAUUUCAAGGUGUACACAAAAUACAAAAUAUAUUAAUUCAGCUUCUUUCCAGCAGAAGACUAAAAUUAGGUCUAGAGUAUGUAGACACUGAAAAAUAUAUAGUCACCUUAUCUAACGUGACUAAUCAAUCCUCGAACAAUGAUGAAUUAUGGAAAAUUGGCCGUAACCAAUUUAGUCAACGUAUGUUGAUACAAAUGUAUGACAUUUCAGAGAAGUUAGAGUUGAGACACGAUUGGCACAAACUCAUACUUACAAAAAGUUCAAAGGCCAUUACACUAUUUAUCAACCAAUCACAAGUUGCUCAAAUCUAUUUUAAAGAAAACGAAGUGCAACCGGUUCAAUUGUUCUUUGGAGGAAUCCCUGAAACUCUACAUGCACAAAGACGAUACCUGGAACUGAUGAGUAAUGGAUAUUCAUCUUCACAUAAAGAGAAUGUUUUUAUCAAAUCCAAAAAUUUCAAUGGUUGUAUAAAGAAGUUAGAAAUUAAUGGACAUCCUACUUCAUUUGGUCAUGUUGCUGACGGGCAAGAUAUUACUCAAUGCACAUGA